UGAUAGCCAUGUAUAAAUAUGUGAAAGGAUGUCAUAAGGAAGAGGGAGCAGGCUUGUUUUCUACUGCCCUGGAAACUAGGACUCAAAGCAAUGGAUUCAAAUUGCAGGAGAGGAGAUUCCCGCUGAACAUUAGGAAGAACUUCCUGACUGUAAGAGCUGUUCCACAGUGGAACUCUCUGCCUCGGAAUGUGGUGAAAGCUGCUUCCUUGGAGGCUUUGAAACAGAGGCUGGAUGGCCAUCUGUCAGGACUGCUUUGAUUGUGCUUUUCCUGCAUGGCAGGGGGUUGGACUAGAUGGUCCCUGUGGUCUCUUCCAACUCUAUCAUUCUAUGAUUCUGUGAUUGAAUGUCCUUUAGAAGUCGUAAAUUUGUUUAAUCUGUUCUGGAAAGUUUGGACCAAAUUUCAUCUUCUCAUGGCAAGGUGAACGUGAUGAAAGUCAAGAACAUGAAAUGAAGCCAGCCUAAAUUUCAUUGCAGGUAAAUAAGGUGGAUGUUAUGCUGGGAAGCUGGAAACUUUUGUGAUUUCCGUAAGUACAUACAAGGAAAUGUGCUUGGAUGAUUUUCACAAGUAUGUGUUUGACCACUUAACAUAUAAAGUAGACUAAAGAUCUGGUACUUAGGAUGUGUAGUGAGCCUGGAAAAUGGGGAGCCAUUACUCAAACCUUUCCAUUUCGCCUACUUGGGGGUAAAAAACCCACAGUAAGUUAGCAUGGAAUACUGUUUACAGCGGCCUUCCUCCACUUCUACUUUAGCAGUCAAUUAGGGCUAAUUAUCCCUUACAAUUUUCCAGCCAUUUUCUGACAAAGGAUGAAAAUAAAUUACCCAUUAAAAGAGACCAUAAAGCAUCUUUCCCCACCCCAUCCCACUGGAUCUCAAGGGACCAUUACAGUCAAUUAAGCAGGCAUUCCUACCUGCUUUUGUCUGCGGAUGAUGACGCACCCAAACCUGUGUUUUCUCCCUCUAUAAAGCCUGGGUUCCCUGUUGUUUCAUUGAUCAAAAAGUCCAGCAACAGACUGCAAGAUGUGGAUCUCUCGGGCCGUGUUCUGCCUCUCUUUGAUCCUCUGUGGACUGCUUGGGGAAUGCUUUGGAAUUGCACUUGUGCCCAAGGACAAGCGUGGUUGGACCCUGAACAGUGCUGGCUACCUACUGGGACCCCCACUUCUUCCCUUCCAAUCUCCUGUUCCCAAAGCAGAUGCCCAACAGACUAUGUCUGACAAAGGAGGCCUGGCUGGUAAGCGAGAUACUGUAGAGGAACUGUAUCCUCGGGGAGAAGAGUCUUUUGGGCAUAGUGUGCACUCCAGAGAUAACAGCAACCUCCAAAGCCUGAUGGAUUUUCUUUCCUACCUGAACCUUCAAGACCAAAGAGCUGUUUCACGCCUGCGCCUGCCGCUGAUGGAUGAGCCAAUUCAACAGUAGUAGACUCUGACCUGUGCUCUUCACACUGCUUACUAGUGCCACAAUCCCCUAUUUCUCUUCCAAACUGUCUCUUUCUCUCUCUUUUCCAAACACUUUACCCUUGUUUGUUUCCAGAUAAUUGACACUGCUUAUCUGCCCUCCCCCCUGUUAUUAAUUCUUAUACCCCUUAAAUGGCAGGUGCAUUGCCUUCUGUAUUCUUGAGUUUGGAGAAAGGUGUGCUUCAGUUCGUAAAAAGAAGGGAUGUGUCUGUUUUGAGUGUGAACCCGUGACAAUAUUUGCAAAGGGUUGCACUUUUGCCAUAACUUGCCUUUCCAUGAGUAGCUGUAGCUUAGGAGAAGAAAGCAAUGAGAAAGACUUAAGUGUUGACGUUUCCAUUUGAAUGGAUCUGGUUAUGGGUAUUAUCUUCAGUUAGUCUCUGGAAAAUAGUGGCCAGAUUACACAAUACAGUAUGGCCCAUUUCUCUACAGGAUCAUGAUUUCAUUUAUUUGUGUCCACCAAAAUACAUCAUCUUGAGGCCUUUCCUAGGACAGGCAUGGGCAAACUUCAGCUCUCCAGGUAUUUUGGACUUCAACUUCCACAAUUCCUAACAACCUGUUAGGAAUUAUGGGAACUGAAGUCCAAAACACCUGGAGGGCUGAAGUUUGCCCAUGCCUGUCCUAGGACCUCCAGUACAACUGUGUGGUAUACUUCUGCCGGAGGUUGGCUCAAUGAGUUUUGUUAUUACCCAGUUUUGCUUAUCUAUGGGAGGUUCUGGGACAUAUCCCUCAUAGAUAUGAGGGUUGUGUUGGCUCAGCUAGAUGGACAAAUCAUCUGACCUGGUAUAACACCUAUACCCCUAAUGCUUGCACUUGCUUGACUAACCUAGUAGCCUUAGAGAAGUUACUUAUUUGGACAGAAAUUCCUUACAUUUCUCUUGCUACCUCUAGAGCUAAUAUUUAAAAAGGUAAUUUUCUCAGAUAUGGAAAAAACAGGCAGAGAGCUAAACACUGCCCUGCUGAAACGUUCUCCUUAUCUCUUGCUCAAGAUUUUCACUUAAAUAAACUAAUUUGCCUCUUGCUUAUGGGAGGACUUGUACUUGGGGCUGCGCUUGUGCCUCAGAGAAGCCCUGUAGACUGACUAAAUAAACUUUUCUCUUCUAAA